GUUGUUUCGAGCAGCUGAACUUCACUGAAGCCCAUCGGCUCUUCUCGAUGUGCUUUAUUGAAAAACGAUCAAACUUGGGAUGGCACCCACGACGGAGUCCAGACUGAAUGUGGAGGAUUUGAGUAAAAAAGAGCUUCUGUUGCUCCUCAGUGUUCUGGAAGGAGAGCUGGAGGCUCGAGACUUUGUCAUACAGACACUUAGGGCCCAGAACAGAGACUCUUACAUGUGGGAGCGUUAUGGAAAAUACAGCCUGAGCGAUCCCUUCCUGGCGCUGCAGAGGGACGGCGAGGUCCUCCAGGACUCAGGUCGAGGCAGUGGGGACGGAGGGAGUUCCUCACAGAGACGCCAGGGCAUCUGUGGGGCGGCGGCGGCUCGCGCGGACCCUCUGGCGGUCCUGAAGCUGGUGGUGGGACACUGCAGAAGGAUGCAGGAGAAGAUGCUGAAGCAGCUGGCAGCUGCAGAGUCCAGACACAGGAGGAUCAUUGCAGAUCUGGAGGAGGAGAAGAGAAAGCAUGCUGAAGAUGCUGCAGAAGGAGAUGAUGUCACGUACAUUCUUGAGAAGGAGAGAGAGCGCCUUCUACAGCAGUUGGAGUUCGAGAAGGCAAAGACGUCUCGUAUCGAGAGGGAGAAAAAACGGCUCCACGAUCAGUUAGAAGACCAGCGUGUCCAGCAGAAACAUCUCAUGACGGCUCUGAGUCGAGAAUGCAAACGCUCCGGCUCCCGCGCCCACGAGGAGUCCCAGCGCGCCACCGAGCUCUGCCACCGCCUGGAGCGGGAACGAUCGGCCAGUCAGGCCCUGAAGGCGGAGCUGGAGGAGGAGAAGAAGCGGGCUAUGCAAAUGGAGGCGAGGAGGGAGGAGCUAUUGGCUGAAUUUGACACGGAGCGAGAGCAGCUCGGCCUGAGGUUACGGAAGGAGGAGGCGCGCUGCAGGGAGCUGCAGGAGGAGAGGGAGAGAUUGAGGAGACACAUGAGCGCUGUCAAGAUGAACGGACAUCAUGUUCCUACAGAGGAAGAUGUCCGAGUCGAUGUUCUAGAAAAUCAAUCAUCGAGUAGCACACAGCACACAUUGACCAAUGGGAGCUCGCCGUCCGAUCCUCAAGCCCACAGCCCUUCCGGCAGCGACACCGAGUGUUCCCUUCAAAGUACGAUAUUGACACAAUCACCAGACAUGUCUAGUCUACAAGCUGUGUAUCAAGCCGGCAUCCACCAGCGCUUCCACGCAGCACGUCACAAGUUCCAAGGCACCUUCGAUGAAGACAUCCCCGCCUCUCCUCCACCCUGCGACGCCAAUGCGAUAUCUCCGACAGACGGCGUCUCUUCUAAACACGCGGCACGCAAUACAGUCACCCAAGCCCUGAAUCGCUUCGGCGCUCAGCAGGGUUCCAGCAAACCCACGGCACCCAACACUUCCCCUUUCGGCACGGAUUACCGUACGCUGUCCCAAUCCGGCGUAACGUCUCCGACCAUCAGGUCUCCCACCAUUCCCAGAGCAGAAAGAGGGACCCCGCCUCCAAUCCCCCCCAAGAAGCCUGGCCUCGCCGAGACUCCGCCCUCUCCGGCCUCUCAUCGAGCCGCUCGCCUGGCACAAAUGACGCCCGGUUGCGGUCGUAGCAGCAGUCACGAGAACAGCAAGGAACCAGACUUUGUGUUGUCAUCUAGUGGCUAGCAAGAUUGUCAUGAAUGUGACGGCUAUGAACUUGUCCAACACUGUUGAUCAUUUUUUUAUCGUUUUUUCAGAAGAUUCUAAAUAUAUAUUUUUACAGUAUUAUAUCUCACGGGUGUAUGCAUGGUAUUUUGCAAUAUAUUAUCAGAUGCAUGUUGAUUAUGUGCAUGAAUUUUAACAUAUUACACGUUACGAACUUGACCACACCCUUCAUGAAAAAUCACGUUUUUAUCACAAAAAAAACACGAAUGACUGGUACCAGUUUUCAUGAAUAGAUUAACAUAUUUCUGGCCAAUAUUUGUUUAUACAUGAUUAUGUAUACUUCACCCAGUCUAGUUUAUACACUGUACUGUAUAUUUAACAGAUUGCAUGUGCAAACAAUCAUUUUUUGGUAUAUCUAAAGGUGUUGAAGAUUUAGCCUUAAUAUUCACUUACUCUGAAACAUGUUUUAUUACACAUUCUCGUCUGUGUGUAUCUCUUGCUGAAUAUAAUUGCACAAUAUUAUGCUUUUAAGUUAUUGCCUAUCUGUGCUGCCUUAAACCGGCCAGCAGGGGGCAUCGGGUGGUAAAGUGACCGUAACAUCAUUCUCAGAAUACCAUCCCACCACCCUCUGCAUACUUCCCACUAUACCCUGUACACUGCCUACUACAUAAAAAAUAAAGACACAUAAGUUGA